AUGUCUGUGGGCAAAGCCCUUUCACCACACUGUCAAAUAUGGCGGUGCCCCAUGAAGCGGGAUAAAAAGAUCCCUGCUAUUGUGUCACCUCAAGUCCCUGCUAUUGUGUCACCUCAAGUCCCUACUAUAGUGUCACCUCAAGUCCCUGCUAUUGUGUCACCUCAAGUCCCUACUAUAGUGUCACCUCAAGUCCCUGCUAUUGUGUCACCUCAAGUCCCUGCUAUUGUGUCACCUCAAGUCCCUGCUAUUGUGUCACCUCAAGUCCCUGCUAUUGUGUCACCUCAAGUCCCUGCUAUUGGGUCACUUCAAGUCCCUGCUAUUGUGUCACCUCAAGUCCCUGUUAUUGUGUCACCUCAAGUCCCUGCUAUAGUGUCACCUCAAGUCCCUGCUAUGGUGUCACCUCAUGUCCCUGCUAUUGUGUCACCUCAAGUCCCUGUUAUUGUGUCACCUCAAGUCCCUGCUAUUGGGUCACCUCAAGUCCCUGCUAUUGGGUCACCUCAAGUCCCUGCUAUUGUGUCACCUCAAGUCCCUGCUAUAGUGUCACCUCAAGUCCCCUUCAUUUUUUGUAAGAAUAGUUAG